AUGGAGGAUGCCUCCUUGCCCAAGGGUUCCCACGAGUCUCAUCAAGACUCUGGUACACCGCCCAGCUUGAACGCGUUCUUUGAUCUACCAGUCAACGUGAUUGAGCACAUUCUUUAUGCCGCUGAUUCCAACACAUUUGCAUCUUUGUCUUUGUUGAAUCAAAAAUGGAAGCAUGCAUCCGAUUCUGCGGCAUUGUAUGCCUACCACUUAUCCCGCUGUCCAUCAUUCUCUUGGACUCAUGGCGCUAAAUCAACACCAACCGAGGCAGAAGGUCUUGAUGACCUCAAACGUCAAUUUGUCAAGCAGGUCAGACAAAAUGCAUUCGAUGUAUUUCUGCGACCCCAUCAAACCCUGGUCAGACUGAUCUCAAGUUCUAUGAGUUCUUCUACGGCUUUCCCACAGGGUGAAGUCUUUCGAUUUUCAUUUUCAGCGAAUGGACAUAUGGUUUUGUGUAUUAGCUCUUCGCGAAUUGUCAUAUUAGAUGUGGCAAAUGAUCCGGUCUCCGUCAAACAUGAGCUCAAAACUCGAAGGAGACCGUUGGGAGCGACCAUUCGUGAUGAUGGAUCCCUUAUUGCUGUCUUGUCGUCUACUCAUCGGGUGCACAUCUACGAGCUUUCAGGUGAUGAAGCUAAGCAUAUUCAAGUUAUCGCGCUAAACGAUGCCCCAAGAGACAUCACUUUCUCCCCAACGGGGAGUGUGCUAGCCUUAGCGUUUGAUGAUAGUAUUGAGGUAUACGCUGUGGGCGAAGAAGCCCUACCUACUGACCGCCGGGCGGUUCGUUGUCUGCGUGUCGAUGCACUUUCAUUUUCGCCUGAGGGAUCUAUGCUUCUUGGGUCUUCUACCGAGUCCUUGAGAAAUGGUAUUGUCAACAUCACUGCCCCCUUUUAUACUGAGACUGGAACGGACGCUUCGCCUGAAGAACUUCAUAUGCGAAUGUGGACAACCCAGAUCCUCUUCCCCGAGACAACACCUGGAUUCUCCCACGCCUGUCUUCUCGAUGGUCACGAAGAAGCUGACGAUACCUGGGUGGUGGGAUAUGACGAUCAAUUAGCAGCAUUCAGAGUGCUCAAAUUGAACAAUGCCAGUGAAGGCAUCGUAUAUUUUGCCAGCCCAUUCUUAACUGACGAGUCUCGAGAGAUGCGACCCAGCAUGAGACCCGCAACAGAUUAUGCAGGGGAACUCAUUGCUUUGGGAUUCCAAGAAUCGGAGUUGUGGAUCUAUGGGGUCCCUGGGCGUUUGGAUCUUGCUCCCAUCACGAGUCCAACUUCAGGUUCUCAGGUUCAGAUCACUGGUACCCGGAUUGGUGGUGGCCAUCAUUGUGGAGAUCGCCCGCCUCGCGACAAUCUGGCCCAGCUUCAGAAGAUUGUCCAACAACCCAAAAUUCUAGUCCGUGGACGACGGAUUACAGACAUGCAUGGAAUCACCUCCGCUCAUUGGGUACGCACGAUAGACCCGACUUUGGAUGCAAGGCGGAAUCGCCGUCGACUGGUUGCGGUAGCACCCGGUGGUGUGCGCCCUCAGCUAUUUGGCGAAGAAGGCAUUCCAGUUGAUGGAGGCCGAAUUCUUCUUCUCGACUUUGAGCGCUCUACAAUGAAUGGCGAGACAAACGAGCUUGACAUCGAAGUUGGAGAAAAAGAGCCCAAGAUCCUCAUGGAACCAGCCUCUUCUUUGGACACAGAAGUUGAGCUUGAACGAAGACGUACCCGAUUACAUCGUGGGGAUACCGCUACAAUUUCAGGCCUUGGUCAUCGUUCAUCGGCAACCACUCGUGAAUCGCGAGCCCUUCCAUCCCACUUCCGUCGGAAUAGCGUUGCAAGUCCAACGUCGCCAACCGGGACAUCUUCAGGUGAUCUAUUAGAUUUGCCUUAUGACAAUACCCAACCUCGCUCCAGUGACGUACUCCAUCGAGCCGCCACUGCAGCUGCUUCAACGCGUGGACGAUAUGAUCCCCGGUAUCGAAAUGUUCCCAACCGUCGACAGACACCGCAUGAGAGCGAUUCCGACAACUGGGUGCCACCACCUCCUCCUUACAAGCGUGAAACAGAAGAGACCUUGCCAGAUGAUCUACAGAGAACGCUUCUUCCAAGGGCCCCGGUCAAUAGCCACUCUUUCAACGACUCUGUCCAUCGAUUUGAACAAGCGCAGACCACUCGUCUCGCACGGUCAACUCAAUCAAUCUUUCCACGCCCACAAUCAGCCAUCGUACAGAGAUUGGGUACCAUAACUGGUGCCAGGCGCAGAGGAAGCUCCAUUGGCCAAGAUUGGUUCAGUCAAGAUUGGUUCAGCCAAGAGCAAUCUGGGGUAACUCCGGCGGUAUCUGCGGGCCCCCAAGACUUGCUCAUCAACAAUUCAAAUCACGAGUCUGCUGCGCAUCUAGACACAGAAGCAUCUCCGGUACAUCAUCAACCAACAAACCGAGCCCCGCCGACCUUUGCAGUCCAUCCCGCUGAGCAAAAUUAUGGAAACACGCUGCCUCUUCCAUACCUGGGGGCCACGGCAUUGGGCGAUGCAUUAGGCGAUGCCUACUUCCCAUACUCUGUAUCAUCACCGAAUCUCCUCCACAUCCCUCAACCUUAUGGAGAUGCAGAUACUACAGCAGACGAUGACCGCGACAUACCGCAAAGGCAGCGAUCCUUCCGCCGGCGUGUCUCAACCGAGCCUACCAGCUUACCGCCACCUGAGAAUGAGGAAUGGCGAAGGCGUAUUCAGGAUUGGAACGAUCACACAAUUAAAGCGCGGGGCCGUAAGCGAAGGGGAAAGUGCAAUGUCAUGUAG